AUGGGUAUGAUAAAUAGAGUCAUAUUUGCUGCAUGUAUUUUUUAUACUAUUGUUUCAGGGAAACGAUGCAGCUACCCGUACCGAAUGCUGGGUUCCAACUGUUACUACUUCAGUACAGAUAAAGCAUCCUGGGAUGAGGCUUACGUAAAUUGCUUUCACAAAGGUGGAUAUUUGGCAAACCUGGAAACUCUUCAUGAAUAUCUUAUUAUACGAUACAAACUGGCAGGAAUGAAGAAUGCACAUUGUGGAUGUGACUGGUUGAUAGAGGAUGCUUACUCCUCCAUGGCACCCGAUACAACCUGUGAUGUUUUUAGAGGCCAGCAUUAUGCCAUCGGGGGACGAGAUGUGAAUCGGGAGAUAAAGGGAGGAGACUGGAGAUGGGUCAGAAAUGGUCGUGUUUCUAAGAUGUCCUUCUUCUCCUUUGGUCCAGGAGAACCUGGUGGUACCAAGGCAUCACCACAACUCUGUUUAUGGCUUUACUCUAAUCACCAAUAUCAAUUUAUCGAUGUUCAUUGCAAUUCAGUAGCACGGUAUGUGUGCGAAAAAUAAAU